CCCUUAGGUGGUAAAAUUAUGCCCAUCAAGUCUAGUUAUCACUAAAAUUCAUAGUUUUGUAAAAUAACACCAACAAAAAUCUUGAUACAAAUAUAGAAUGAUGCAAAUCGACUAUAUAAAAUUAAUAAUUAAUAAAUUAAUUUUAAUGUUUUAGUUAGGUUACGUUAGAUUAACCUGUGCCAUGGAAGUAUUGUGAAAACAGUUCCCACGGCGUCGUCGGUUUCAAACAGAAAAAAAAAGGUUAGAUUAACCCAACCUAAACCUAGCAAAAAAAAAAUUAAUUAGUCACUCAAUAAUCAAUUUAUGUACUUAUUGUAAAGAAAGCUGCAGUAAACGGUGUAAGAAAAACAAAUUUAUAAACUAUUUGCGAGAUGUAUAUCAAUAUUACAAUACAAACAAUGGAAAAAAAAACACAGACCAAAAUCAAAUAACGUUUUAAAUUUAUUGCUUGUAAAGUGAAACUCGGUGUUACUCGUUAAACAUUAUUUAUUUGUAUACUAAGCAAUAAUCAAAGAUCAAAGCAAAAAUCAAAAAAAUAAACAAUGAAACAUCAUAUUAUUUUUAUUUUUAUUCAAGUGGUACUCACAAUAAGAUCUGGAUUGUGUAUUAACUUAAAUCUGUUAAAAAGUUCUUCAAUUGGACUUUAUAAACCGGACGUGAAAAGUGUUCAUAAUUGUAAUCCUAAAAAUAACAAUAAGAUCCAGCAUUAUAUGUAUGCAAGUUUCAAGGACAAUAAAACAAUGUUUUAUGGAAAUUCUACUUUGGAAAUACCCUUUGACGACACAUUAUUCUUGGAAAUUAAAUUGUCAGAAAAAGAUUCAUUUGGAAAGUGGAAAGAAAAUGCGUAUAUGCAUAAAUCACCAAAUGCUUGCUCAUCGUUGAAAACAUUAAUGGGAAACUCUUGGACUCCGUUCUUAAAUGGUGCUGGAUUUCAAGAUACCAAUUGCCCAUUACUUCCGGGUAUUUAUAUAGCUCCAGGUUUUGAUGUAGUAUCAAUUAUUAAAGAAUCCAAUAUACCCAAAAUAUUUGCUUAUGGAACAUACAAAAUAAACAUGUGGUAUAGUAAAAAAAACGAAAUGUUUGGCUGUCAAUCUAUAGUUGCAGAAGCUAAACGCCCUUGAAAUAAAUUUUAUAUUAACUAUGGUGUACUUAUUUUAUUAAAUUUUUAAAUCUUAAUAAAAAAAAAAAA